UUUAUUGUCUUGCGUUCUUCUCUCCUUCUUGUCUCUUGAAACAGAGAGAGAGAAAGAUGCAAUGUUCUUCCAUGGUUAGGGUUUCCGUUUUCUGAACCAGAAGAGCCACACCACUCACAACCAUCACUGUCACUGCAUUUCCCGAGAGAGAUAGAGGGAAAGAUGCAUCGCCCUCCGAGAAGACGACACCGGGGAACCUUGACGGUGCCAGUCUGGUGGUUUCUUGUCCAGCUGCUGCUUCUUUUGCUUCUUCUUCAUCCCUGCAGGGCGCGCGCGGGAUCUGGCGGGCCUCAGGGCGAUGUAAUGGCGCUCCUGCGGCUCAGGUCCUCUUUUCACGACCCCGCCGGGAUACUCUCCAGCUGGAGCCCCGGCGACGCCGAUGCCUGCAACUGGUUCGGCGUGUCCUGCAACUCAGCGCGUCGAGUGGUCUCGCUCAACCUGACUGGUGGAGGAGGUAAGUUUUAUGGUUUCUCUCGCUCUUGCUCGACUCCGCUGGCGCGGCCCCCGGUAUCGGGUGCUAAGCUUGGUGGUGAGGUAUCGCGGUCAGUCGGGAGCCUCACUGAGCUUAGGGUUCUAUCUCUUGCAUUCAACGAGCUGUCUGGCGGGAUUCCACCGGAAAUCAGUUCUCUUCACCAACUGGAGGUGCUUGAUCUCAGCUAUAAUCGGCUCUUUGGACCUAUUCCCCGUCAGAUUUCGGGCUGCUUAGGGUUGAGUUACCUCAAUUUGGCCGGUAAUCAGCUCAAUGGAACGGUACCGGGAUCCCUAGGGUCUUUGCCGCGGUUAAGGGGGUUGUUUUUGGAGUUCAAUCGGCUUUCCGGAUGGAUUCCUGAAGAACUUGGACGGAGUUGUGGGUACCUUGAGCGGCUUCAUCUUGCCGGAAACCUGCUAGUUGGCAGUAUCCCGACGACGCUGGGAAAUUGCCGGAAUCUGCGGUCAUUGUUGUUGUUCUCCAACCUUUUGGAUGGCCCAAUCCCGGUGGAAUUGGGAAGGAUCUCUGCUCUCGAAACCCUGGACGUGUCAAGGAACAGCCUCAGCGGGCCAGUACCGUCAGAGCUCGGAAAUUGUCUUCAACUGUCGAUCGUCGUCUUGUCAAACGUCUAUGAGCUGCCAUUGCUCCGCUCCUCUGUGAAUGCAUACCUGGAGGAUGAUGAUAAAGGCGAGUUCAAUUUCUUUGAAGGGGGAAUUCCCACCACUGUCACGUCGCUUCCUAACCUCAGGAUCUUGUGGUCGCCAAGAGCAAACUUGGAAGGAAGCAUUCCUUCCAAAUGGGGAGAUUGCAGCAGUUUGGAAAUGGUGAAUUUUGCACAGAAUCUCUUCACCGGUGACAUUCCUGCAGCUUUUGUGCAAUGCGAGAAACUGGUUUUUCUUGAUUUGAGUUUUAACCGAUUAACUGGCGGUCUCAGCGAUAGGCUUCCUCUGCCAUGUAUGGCUACUUUCAAUGUCAGUGGGAAUCUGCUGUCAGGGUCCGUGCCGAGGUUUGUCUAUGGCGGAUGUUCAAGUAAAUUACCCGGGGCAAACGCGCAGGACCCGCUUGAUUUUGGGUCCGUUUAUUCAUCAUUCUUUACUUGCAGUGCUCGUGUUUCUAGUUUGCUUCCUGAAAUUGGGACUGGCGAAAGUGUUAUAUUUCAUGAUUUUAGUUGGAAUAACUUCAGUGGUGACGUUCCCUCAAUCCGGCUUGCCGUCAAUAGGUUGCAGAAACAUCCGGUUUAUGCGUUUUUGGUGAGUGGUAAUCGUUUCAGUGGACAGAUUCCUGGUUACUUAUUCGAGAUGUGCAAGGAUCUCAGAGGGUUUAUUGCUAAUUUGAGCGACAAUCAGUUGUCUGGUCAGCUUCCAGGCGAAAUUGGUAGUUGGUGCAACUCCCUUAGGGCAUUGGAUUUGUCAGGUAACUCAAUUUAUGGAACGAUACCAUCCACUUUUGGGAAUUUGAGUUCUUUAAUUAGCCUUGAUCUGAGCAGGAACGAGCUGAUUGGUUCGAUUCCCAUGGAAUUGGGUCAUCUGAAGAAUUUGCAGUAUCUCUCACUGGCAAGAAACAACCUGACGGGCAGAAUUCCCGUGGACUUUUCUCUGUUACCUUUGCUGAGGGUCUUGGCGCUUGGUUCUAAUGGCUUGUCAGGAGAUAUUCCAUGGCAAAUAACAAAGUUGAGGAAUUUGACUGUUCUUUUACUUGAUAAGAACAAUCUCUCGGGCCAGAUACCUUCUGAUUUUGCUGAACUGACUAGUCUUUCGUCCUUCAAUGUUUCAUUCAAUAACCUCUCUGGACCUAUACCGUCCAAUUUCAGUACAAUGUGUGAUAGCAUUAUCGGAAAUCCUCACCUUCAGCAGUGCCAAGUUUCUGCAGUUGCACUGGCAUCACCAUCGUCUACACAACAGGGACAAGGGGGUAGUCCACCAGAUCGUGCUGCUUCUCCAUCAGGAAGUGCAUCUCAGAUGAGGAAUAGUUUUAGUCCUAUGGAGGUUGCCGCAGUUACAGCUGCAGUAGUGAUAAUUGUUGUUCUUUUGGUUCUCGUUCUUGUUCUAUUCUACACAAGGAAGUGUGCACCUACGGCGGUUGGUCAGGCACCUGGUAGAAGGGAAGUAUUCACAUUCUCAAACAUUGGAGUGACACUAACCUUCGAGAACGUUGUGCGGGCAACUGGUGGCUUUAAUGCAAGCAAUUGCAUAGGCAAUGGGGGUUUUGGAGCUACAUACAAGGCGGAGAUCUCCCCGGGAGUCCUGGUUGCCAUAAAGAGGCUCUCUGUUGGGAGGUUUCAAGGUGUCCAACAGUUUGAAGCUGAGAUCAAGACCCUCGGAAGAGCUAGGCACCCGAAUCUGGUUACCUUAAUUGGUUUUCAUGCCAGUGAGACAGAGAUGUUUCUUAUAUACAAUUAUUUGCCAGGAGGUAAUCUGGAAAAAUUUAUUAGGGAAAGGUCUAAGAGAGCGGUAGAUUGGAGGAUGCUUCACAAGAUCGCUCUCGAUAUUGCCCGAGCCCUCGCAUACUUGCACGAUGAGUGUGUUCCUCGUGUUCUUCAUCGAGACAUCAAGCCCAGCAAUAUACUCUUGGAUAACAAUUACACAGCGUAUCUCUCAGAUUUUGGGUUGGCUAGACUACUUGGCACUUCUGAAACCCAUGCAACAACUGAUGUGGCCGGAACUUUUGGAUAUGUUGCUCCAGAAUAUGCCCUGACUUGCCGAGUUUCCGAUAAGGCUGAUGUUUACAGCUACGGUGUGGUGCUGAUGGAGUUGAUCUCUGACAAGAAAGCGUUAGACCCAUCAUUUUCCUCCUAUGGGAAUGGGUUCAACAUUGUUCAAUGGGCUUCAAUGCUUCUCAGGCAGGGGAGGGCUCGCGAGUUUUUCACGGCCGGCCUUUGGGAUGUUGGCCCCCAUGAUGAUUUGGUAGAGACACUGCGCCUUGCGGUUAUGUGUACAGUCGAUUCCCUUGCAGUUCGGCCUUCAAUGAAGCAUGUCGUCCAGCGGUUGAAGUCGCUUCAACCUCCCGCUGGCUAGGAAUAGGUCCACGCUUAUCAGAUUCAACUUGUGCAGAAGAUGCCAGAGGUGUAUAUUCCCGGAAUCCAUUAGCCCAAUUUCUAUUCUUUUAAGCUUCUCCAACCUUUUGUCUAUGCUCUUUUUCAUUGAAAGAUGUAAAAUGCAAAGAAUUUUCUUGUGGUCUGCUUUUUUGUCCUGUAGUGUAAAUUGAUGUUCACGCAGGAUUCCAGUGCCUUGCAACUUAACCACAAUUCUGACCUGUACUGUAUAUAAACCUCUUGCUUAUUUUCCACAGUCGAUUCUGUCUGCACAAGUUGUGCCCUCUCCUGUGGGUGGUAGUAUCAGUUAGUGUGACCUUUCUCUUAGCUUCAUGGAGAACUUGUGAUAUGGUAAACGCAUUCAUGGAGAUCAAACAGAUAAAUGUAAGAAUCUUUCUUGCCA